CUGUGUUGUACAGAAAAAUGAUUUAGAAAAAUUAUGUCAAAUUUACAGUUAAAUAAUUCAAUGAAACACCAUAAAAAUUGCAUAAGUGAUAUAUUGUUCAUUUAAUUGGAAUGGAGAAACCGGGGAUUACAAAAAAGUGUGGCGCUGAAACAGAAGAAAACCUACCAUCGCCUAUGAGGGACUUGAAGCCAUCCGAGAGAGUGAAAAACAGCGCUGAUAAAUUUGAAGAGAACCAAGAGCGCUACGAAAGUCACGGGAGACGCAGCCAUGACAGCAUCGAGAGGGUUCGGAGACACAACCAGGCCUGUCCGAAACUCUACGACGAGCUGGAAAAGCGCAAGUCCUUGGCCAAUAUAACCGUUUCGAGAAAAUCGUAUCGAAAUAGGAAUUGUAACGAUAAAGUAAAAUCAAUGAAAUAUCGGAAAUGCAAAAAUUGUAGUAGGUGUAAAAGACUGGGCAUACCAUCAAAGUCUAAAAUAUCAAAAUUGUUUAAAGGAAAAUAUGAUGUUAAAAGUGACAGACGUUCAAGAAAAAACAAACCGAGAAAAGAUGGAUUGAGUAUAGGUCUAUGCAUAACAAGAAGUACACAGAGUCCGUAUUUACUGGUGAAAAACAAAAAAAUUGGAUCCAAUAAUGGACAACAUUUAAAAAUGGAAUGCGAUGGCGCGGCGUUUGUGGCGGGAAAUGAAACCACAGAUAUACCAGAAGCAGCUCCAGAGACGGCAUCUUCCGUUCAGGAAUCGAGGCAAGAAUAUUCUAUUAAUUCUAACAAUACUUCUACAAAAUAUCCUGACUCAAGUAUUGCGACGUUGAGUAGCUAUAAUAGUUAUGUGUCUAUUGAUCAGGAGCCUAUGGUGUAGCAUCAUACAGCCAGAAUUCAUUGCUUAUAACACACUCUCCAGAAAGAUCUUCUAUGUACGGACCUUAUUUUAUAUAGAUUAUUAGCUACAGCCAAUAUACAAUACGAGUAUACUUUAAGCAUGUAUAUGAUAUUGAAGUAGAUAAAUAAAUGAAUUUAACGAUAGCCCAUUCGAAUUCUAGAAAAAUAUUUUAAAUUCUUAAACUGUGACAAUAACUACCGAAUUCUUUUUAUGGCUCUGCACAGCAUUAUUCAGCCAUUGCAAUUGAUUGACAGACCGAUAGGGAAAUACAUUGUGAAAAAUUCUAUGUCAUUGGUGUUUCCAAACGUUUCUGUGAAAAAAAAUGUAUAGUACAUAGCAUAA